GUUGGUUGUGUGAGAGAGAGAGGGAGAGGAGACGGCGCGGUAGACUAUGCUCCCUCGCCGCCGCAUUCCACCAACGAUCAUGAUUCUCCUUGGAGUACAAGACGCUAUUAAGUCUAGCCAGUAGCCACAGAACCAAAUGAGUCGGAUGAUCUGACCUUCUGCAAGCAAACACACAAUAACUGUUGCUUCAUCUGAGAAGAUAAAGAGGAUGGCUAACAAGAAUUUAUAAAACAAAUAUCCCAAGUCAAUGAUGAGUUAUUCCAAACAUUUAUACUCUCAUGGCUGGAGUAUGACAACACCACUUUUAAAAGAGUACGAGAUGGCGCGGCGGUUCGACGCCGAAGACUCAGAGGGCUCCAACGACGCCAUGUCACCCUCCAAGGCCAAGGAUGGAAUGGUGAACAACAUCACACUGUGGCAGUUCUUGCUGGAACUGCUCCUGAGUAACCAUUAUAAACAUAUCAUCUCGUGGACCAACUCUGAGGGAGAAUUUAAGCUGCUCAAUGCCGAGGAGGUGGCCCGGCUGUGGGGCCUCCGCAAGAACAAGACUAAUAUGAACUAUGACAAGUUGUCCCGUGCACUACGCUAUUAUUAUGACAAGAAUAUCAUCAAGAAGGUUCUCGGGCAGAAGUUCGUCUACAGAUUUGUUUCUUUUCCGGAAAUAGUUAAGAUGGAGAACAAGAUUCCCUUCCACGUGAAGAUGGAAAGUCUAGGAAGUAAUAGUAACACAAAAGUUGCUAGUGGAGGUAUGUCACCAUACUCACCAAGUGCAUCAGGACUACAGCCAGGUGCCCCUUCCCCAUCUGGUAGUCAUCCUGGUGGGUCCAGAUUACCCUCACCUGCACAAGCUUCAACACACCAUUUGGCUACACCUCCUCCAGCUCACAUUGGCUCCUACUCCUCCCUUAGUCCUUUGGCACAUAUGUAUUCUGCAGCAUUUUCACACAUGGCUGCAGCAAGUUUAGGUGGGUACCUAUCAGCCUUAGCUCGAAGGCCAGAGCCUGAAGCCCCUGCCCCAUCACAGCCACCACCUACAUUAUGGCCACCAGACCUUGGUCAGCGGUCACCCUCUCCACCCUCAGAGGACUCUACGGAUGGUAUACCUUCAGCACCAUUACACCUAGUGACAGAAGAAGCUAGUCGCCGUCGUCGAGAAGAGGAGGCCGAGGAACGCAGGAGAGAAGAGGAACAGAGACGUCCUCGUUCACGUUCGCCACGCUCACGAUCUCCAUACCAGCAUUCACCUGUGCCACCAUACCAGCAAUCACCCGUGCCACGCGUGCGUUCACCGUUUCGUCAGAGGUCACCAUUGCCUUCUCCACCUCCUCUGUCACCCCUUACACCACCUCCAGUCCGGGAACAUAAACCAUCCCUUAGCAUUGCUUCUACAGCUGCAUCUUCAUUAGCAGCCACUUCUAUUACUGGAACCAGUCCUGGGCAAGGAAAAGCACGCUCAGGACCAAAACCCAAGCCAUCACCCCUUUCUAUUGAGUCUAUUACUGCAUCUCCUCCAGUCUUGUCACCACGCCAAUUUUCAGCAUCGAGCCUAAAUACUCCAUUAGUAAAUCUACCAUCACCCCCAUACAGUGGCGUAGGCACAAAAUCUCCAUACCUACCACUUCAUUUGUGGUCUAACUUGAGUCCCCUAGCUAGCCUGAGCCCACACUAUGGAUCACCACGCAAUCAUCAUCAUUUUACUUUCCCAGCACUACCACAAUACUCCCAUCUUCCACCACCAGUGGUUUCUCCACUUCUGCCUACCACAACUUUUGAUUUCUCUGCACUCACUUCACCUACAGAGAAAACAGCCACAGUCCCAGUUCUCCAAUGACCUGAGGCUGUCCAUGCUGCUCGCCCCACCCACUCCCCAUGCUCUACACCCCCCACAACCACAUCCAGUGCCAGCAGCCUACCACCUAGGUAGCCCUGUUGGAGUUUAGGGACAUUGUAGGUUACUGUGGAUGAGAUGCUUUGUGCCUUCAGGAUGUGGAUCCUGUGGUCUCAGUACAAAAUAAGACAUGAGUAUGGAGUGCAACUUUUUCUGUGGUCAGGUUACAAACGGCGGUGGCAUGGACACAUGGUGCUGGGAAAGCUCUUGUUAGUCUCACUUCUGCCCAUCAACAUUUUUCAUUAUGCCCAAAAUGGACAUUUGUUUCAGAUUUUAAUAAAUUUUAAAUGAUGGACUUUACUGUAAUGAUAGUUAAGUUAUAUAAUUAAAUCUAAAUAUAUAAAAAAAACUCCGUAAAGUCCAUCUUAUUGGGCAUUUCUGCAAACACUGCUGACAGGGUCACAAAAAACCAAGGACUUUGGCCUUUAAUUUGAAAAUUUGUUGGGCUUGAAAAUCUUUUUGAAGGUUUGAUAAGCAGUAUACUGUAGGAUUCAGUUGAAAAAUCAUCCCUGAUAUGGGCAUGAUUAACUAUUUGGAACUCAUCCUGCUGUGGGAUAAUCUUACCCUCAUACAGGACCUUAUUCUCUGCUUCUUUGUCUUAUAGACAUUGUACAGUUUUUAUUAUUGGUUUUCAUUUUCCUACAGUGCUUUCAUUGUAGGCUUUCCUUAAUAGGUUUGAGAUGACCAGUGCUCUCAUAUUUUAAUAGUGGAUAAUUCAAAGAGGCAUUAUAAUUCUUAUCACAUAUUUUCAGUUAGUUCCUUUAAACAGAUUUCAAGCAAUUGACUCGCAAUCUACAUAUCUCCUUUCAGUCUUAUCACCGGGCAGUAAUCUUGGAUUUUGCAGUAUGGGAUACCCUGAGCUGGUCACUCAAAAUGUUAAUUCUUCUCCCCCUCUCCCUAUGUAUGGCAGACUUCAAGUAACCUGUUUGAAAAUAUUCGAAAGUUUGCCAUUUUUAGUCAUAUUUGUUGAAGCUUCCUUUAACAGUACAGUAUACAUCUCAUCUCAACAUUUUCCUUAUAAAAAAUUAAAGUACAUGUGUGACUUUUAAUAAUUGGGUGCUAGUUAGGGCAUUACCCUCUCCAUGCUGGUCUUCUCUCAAGGUCUCUUGUCAUCUUUCUCUCAAUUACUGUAAUCAUAGUAGUUCAUGCAUUAUUUUGACAUUUUUUUUUUCUUAUCAAUAUCUCAUCCUUGUUUAAAUUGCAAAUUCAAUUUACUUUAUGUAUAUUGAUUGCCUGCAACUUCUGAUUUGAAAUAUUACCUCAUAUCACUACAGUAUCUUUUACUCUUAUACCAGUACAGGGUAUCUUGAAGUUUCUUGACUAGUAUUAUUAAAAUUUUCUUCUUUGUCAAAAAUAUGCUCCAAUUUUUUCCUUUUCUCAUAUCAAUAUUUCCAUUUUUAAAAUUUAAUUUGUAUGUUAAUAUGUACAAAAAUCUAACUAGGUAUUUUCUGAAUGAUUAUUGAAACAUAUUGAGUUACUUUGCUUCAGUCAGUUACCCUCCUGCCACCUGUUAACCAUUAUUGUAUACCCCAAAAAUUUCAAUACUUUGUUGCAGAUCAUAAAUACAGUACUGUACCGUAUAAAUGAUUUGGUCUGCCCAAAAUAGAUUCAUAUGAUUUGACUGAGACUUCCCCAAGUGCCUCUUGCAUAACAUGACAAUCAACCUUCAGCUAGCAAGAUCAUACACAUUCUUUCAUUGUCAUCAUGUAGUGUAAUAAUCAUUAGUUUAACUAUUCACCAUUUUCAUCUUCAUUGUCUCAUUGUCAUGAUGCCCUGAGUUUGAAUUGAGUUGUUACACAAAGUCAGUUUCAUUUUUUUGUUGAUUAUUUUGGUAAAAUUCUUUAUACUCGUUCACCUAAUUAAUUAUGUAAAGAAUCUUAGCAAUUAGUAAUAUUACAGUGUUAUUUUGCAGUUAUUUGUUGGAUUUUGAACUGUGAUAUGCAGAAUAAUGACGUCAUUCAUUCAACAUUCCUAAAGUGAGACCAGUUUAUUGUUGGCCAGUGUUGGAGUGACGUGAAGAAGCCAAGUAUUUUGUUACAUGUUAAUGACGCGGCCAUUCCAUUGACCAAUAGGAUUUGCCCAUUGGUGUGUUUUUAUAUUGUCUUGUUGUACGGAAUGAGAAUAUUGUGUUCAAUUUUGUAUGCUUAAUGGAAACCAAUGUAAGUUGUUAAAAGAUAUGAAUGCCUUAUGUAAAUAGUUGUACAUGACUUAAGAGCUGUUAAGUUAGUGCCUGUAUUGUGUUGUCCUGACAGAACCUCCUUGGGGUGAGUUCACAUGUUUAUGGGACCCAAUAAGGCAUUUGUUGAUUUAUGAACUCAAGUUAAUUAACAGGUCAGCAUUUACUCACCCCAAUACUCCCAUAUGUAAAUGUAAAAUAGGUUGGGACCUUGAACUGUGGGCCCUCCACAAAUAUUCCACAAGAUUACCUCGGGACUGAUCCAGUGGUCUUAUGUACAGUUAAUGUUAAAAGGAAAGUUCCUCUAAAAAAUAUUUUAACUUUUUAUGCUGUAUCUGCACCAUUUGUUUAUUGUACAGAAAUGUGAUAAGCAAGUUGGACCCUGGAUCUUGCAUUGUAACUUAUAUCCGGAACUGAUGUACUUUGUGUUGCAAGAGGCAACUUUUUAGCCAACUGCAUAAUGUACCCCGUGCCAUAAAUGCACCAAACACCUCAGGAGAUGUACAAUUCAGACUGUUAUCCACUUAUUAUUGAGGCUAAGUUAGGUAACCAUCACAGACAAUAAGGAAAGACAAACCAUAAAUGAAACCAUAUAAUCCUUGGUUAUAAAUGUGAUACCGGUAGUUAAUGUAAUGACCAAGUUACAUAAGAACUUUCAUGGGUAUUUACCUAACCUUGAAAAAUAAAUCGUAACUACAAUAUGAUAUUUCAAAAUAUAGCUACCUGUAUUAAAUUUACAAAUUGAAGUGCCAAAUAAAGUUAAUCUUGUUAUAAGUUCAGCCCAAUAGUGAUGGUAUAGCAGCCUGUUUAAUGUUUCAGGUAGAAGAAGAGUAGUUAUGCCAAAUAAGUUUGUCAUGAAGUCUUCAUGAGUUGGAUACCUUCAUUGUGUGAUUUAUCUAGAAAUUUGUAAUAGGGUCAUAUUUUUAUUCUUCAAAACAAAAAAAUUACUAAAUGCAGAAGGAGGUUGCAUAGCUCAAGUAUUUUUAUUGUACUCCCUUUUGUGAUAUACAAGUGCCAUUUGAGAAUAAAAUGGACCAAAUUUUA